AUGGGAGAGAUAGAAGGAACAUACAGAAUUCUGCAGACUCCAGGCUCUCGUUUGGGUGCCCAGAAGACCUCAGGAGUGAGUACCUUGGAGCCAGGGCAGAACCUCUUGACUGCCAUGGCAUCAUCGCCUGCCAAAGCGCACGAGCGCGACCUCCCCAUCAAAAUAAAGAUGUUGGACAGCACAGUGGAAGUACUUGAUGUUGAGUCAAAAUGUUACGGCCAGACAUUAUUGACAGAGGUUUACAAGCAUCUGAAUUUGAUUGAAUCAGACUACUUUGGAAUUGAGUUCCAGAAUAUCCAGUCAUAUUGGAUUUGGCUGGAGCCUAUGAAACCUGUUAUUAAACAAGUACGGAGACCAAAGACUACAAUGCUUCGUCUUGCUGUAAAGUUUUUCCCUCCAGACCCAGGUCAGCUGCAAGAGGAAUAUACUAGGUACCUGUUUGCAUUGCAAAUCAAGAGGGACCUGGCAGAGGAGAGACUGACCUGCAGUGACAACACAGCAGCUCUGCUGGUCUCCCACCUUCUGCAGUCUGAAAUAGGGGAUUUUGAUGAAUCAGAAGAUCGAGAACACCUUAAAACAAACCAGUAUUUGCCAAACCAGGAAAAACUUGAAGGAAAGAUCCUGGAGUUCCACAGGAAGCAUGUGGGUCAAACUCCUGCUGAAUCUGACUUUCAAGUGCUUGAAAUUGCCCGGAAACUGGAGAUGUAUGGCAUCAGAUUCCACCUUGCCUCUGACCGUGAGGGUACCAAAAUCAAUCUGGCAGUUUCACACAUGGGUGUGCUGGUGUUCCAGGGUAACACGAAAAUAAAUACCUUCAACUGGUCCAAGGUCCGUAAACUGAGCUUCAAGAGGAAAAGAUUCCUUAUUAAGCUCCACCCAGAGGUCUGUGGCCCGUAUCAAGAUACAUUGGAGUUUCUUUUGGGAAGUAGGGAUGAGUGUAAAAACUUCUGGAAAAUCUGUGUUGAGUAUCACACGUUCUUUAGGCUCUUUGACCAGCCAAAGCCAAAGGCUAAAGCAGUGUUCUUCACCAGAGGGUCAUCAUUCAGAUACAGUGGGCGAACACAGAAGCAACUAGUGGAUUAUAUUAAGGACAGUGGGAUGAAGAGAACUCCAUAUGAAAGGAGGCACAGCAAGGUCAGAGCAUCCACUCGUACCUCGAACACAGACGUGCCAAAGCAGAGUGUCCCAUUCACUGAGGGCUUGAGAACUCCAGGGUCUCCUGCCUCAGCAGCUGCCCCCUUCCACUCAGGUCACUCCUUGGCCAGUCCUGCUUCUAUCGUGCCCAAGUUUGCUGAACCCAGCACUUUCUCCUUGGACCCCCGAGCAUCAUACACAAGGAAUCCAGACAAAGCCACUGCAGCACCAGUGGAAGAAGCGGGGAGGAAGCUGAUGCAGCAGCCUGGAUCUCCUGUGCUCCAAGGCCUCCCUGUGGACCAUCCCCAGCUCUCCUCCCUUGUGCUGAAGAGUCCCCUAGGCUUGACCCCAGCCUUUCAGGUGAACUUGAAUGCAGUCACUCAGGGCUCAUCCCCUCUGCUGAGCCCUGUCCUCAGCGAUGCUGGCGGGGCCAGGAUAGAAGAGGAUGACGAAACAAAAAGGAAGCGCUACCCCACGGACAAGGCAUACUUCAUAGCAAAGGAGAUCCUUGCCACAGAACGCACCUAUUUAAAGGACCUGGAGGUUAUUACUGUGUGGUUCCGCAGUGCUGUGAUCAAGGAGAAUGCCAUGCCAGAGGGCCUGAUGACACUGCUCUUCUCCAACAUAGACCCCAUCUAUGAGUUCCAUAGAGGCUUCCUGAAGGAGAUUGAACAAAGGCUCUCACUCUGGGAAGGCAGAAGCAAUGCUCAUGUGAAAGGGGAUUAUCAGCGCAUCGGAGAUGUCAUGCUCAGGAACAUGCGCACUCUGAAGGAGUUCACCAGUUACCUGCAGAAACAUGACGAGGUCCUGACGGAACUGGAGAAAGCAACCAAACGCCUCAAAAAGCUGGAGAUGGUUUAUAAGGAGUUUGAGCUGCAGAAGGUUUGCUACCUGCCCCUCAACACCUUUCUGCUCAAACCCAUCCAGAGACUGAUGCACUACAAGCUGAUCCUGGGGAGGCUGUGCAAGCACUACACAGCAGAGCAUCGGGACUUUGCCGACUGCCGGAGUGCGCUGAAGGAAGUCACAGAAAUGACCUCACAGCUGCAGCACAGCCUCAUCCGCCUGGAAAACUUCCAGAAGCUCACAGAGCUACAGCACGACCUGAUUGGGGUAGACAACCUCACAGCACCUGGCAGGGAGUUUAUCCGGGAAGGUUGCUUGUACAAGCUCACUAAGAAAGGCUUACAGCAGCGGAUGUUCUUUCUGUUCUCAGAUAUGUUGCUGUACACAAGCAAAGGGGUCACGGGGACAAAUCAGUUCAAAAUCCACGGACACCUCUCUCUGCAUGGCAUGUUGCUGAUAGUGCUUGACCCUCCGGUGGAGGAGAGUGAGAAUGAAUGGUCUGUCCCACACUGCUUCACAAUCUAUUCUGCACAGAAAACCAUAGUGGUAGCAGCCAGUACCCGCCUGGAGAUGGGCAAGUGGAUGGAAGACCUAAAUGUGGCAAUUGAAAUGGCCAAGAAAUCUACUGAGAAAUCUGAGAUGCUUCUGGAAAACUCCGUGUGCAACCGCUCCAACAGAUCCUCUGAUGAGGUCUCUGUAGAACAGGAGUCCGAAGAUGACAUUCACUCCUCUCGUAGCUCCUUGGACAGGCAGAGCCACCACCGUGCCAACACCACCAUGCACGUGUGCUGGUACCGCAACACCAGCGUCUCCAUGACCGACCACAGUGUGGCCGUCGAGAACCAGCUCUCUGGGUAUUUGCUGAGGAAGUUCAAGAACAGCAAUGGCUGGCAGAAACUGUGGGUCGUCUUCACCAACUUCUGCUUGUUCUUCUACAAGACACACCAGGAUGAUUAUCCCCUGGCCAGCCUCCCCCUGCUUGGCUACACAGUCAGCUGUCCUGUGGAGGCAGAUGGGAUUCAGAAGGAUUAUGUCUUCAAGCUGCAGUUCAAGUCCCACGUGUAUUUCUUCAGGGCCGAGAGCAAAUACACCUUUGAGAGGUGGAUGGAGGUGAUCAAAAGAGCCACCAGCUCUCCAGCCAGGUCCAGCCUGCUGUUUCCCAAGGAGAAGGACACUCACACAGACUGA